CUGGCUGUGAUUGACAGCAGCAGGAGUCAGUGGCUCCCACUACUGUGUCUCGGUGCGCUGUCAGCACAGCCUGUCAGUGUCCAUCAGUGCCAGCUCUCAGUGCUCAUCCAUGCCACCUUCCCGUGCCCAUCAGUGCCACAUCAGUGCCACAUAUCAGUGCCCAUCUGAGCUGCCUUUCAGUGCCACCUAUCAAUGCCAGUCAGUGCCACCUAUCAGUGCUGCCAAUCAGUGCCACCUAUCAGUGCCAGUCAGUGCCGCCUAUCAGUGCAAGUCAGCGUCGCCUAUCAGUGUGCAUCAGUGCCGCCCAUCAGUGCUGCCUAUCAGUGCCAGCCUAACAGUGCCAGCCAGUGCCACCUAACAGUGUCAGUCAGUGCCGCCUAUCAGUGCCAUAUAUGAGUGCUGCCUUUCAG